UCAUGUACAUAGACUGACUAAAGUAGCGGACCAUAUAUGGGACCAAAUUAUCCAAUUCAGUGCCUUUUUAUGUUCUAUCCUCACAAAUUAGGAACUUUAUUUCCAAUCUACUGUAGAACUUUAUGCUUGUAGUACCUGCUUGUUUUAUACCAUCUUUCGUCUUUUUUUACCGAGCGAGACAACAUUUGUAUACGUAUUAACAGAUCGACUGUGUUCACACAGCAUAAUUCGUUCAACAAUUCACACAAAGCAUAAUUUGUGUUGUAAUACACGGGAUGCGAGUUAAGUGUAAUUUCGACCCAGAGUCGGUCGACUUGGCGGAAAUUCUGCAGUAUGGAUGCAAACCCCCCGAUGCAUCUGACAUGUUCAAAGAGGGGGUGUUUAAAAAAAGUGGAGCACAUAAGGGGGAGGGGAAGUCUUCCAGAAGUGACCAGAUGCGAUGUUUUAGACUGAAGAACCACCUGUUGUUCUAUUACCAGCAGGAUUCCCUCCCCAUCCUGGACAAAAAUGUGGCAGGGGUCAUUGUUCUACUCAAUGUGUUCAUAUCCAGGGGCCUCAUGACCUCUACUGACAGUGACUACCCGUUUGUGCUGCGACUGAGCACAGACCAGCAGAGUAAGAUGAAAGUCUACGAGUUGAGAUCGAAGGACAUCAAACAGAGAGACGAGUGGUUCGAGGCCAUACAAAGUGUCAUCCUCAAUCCACCUGUGGGUGGGGGCACAAAUCCUCAAGGUGCUGCUUGGCCGAGCAGUGCGAAAAUAGCCCACUGUGAACUGAUAUCGCAAGGGGUGAGAUGUCCCCCCUCUGCGAGACUGAAGCCGAAGUCCAUCUGCGACCACCACUUCCUCUCCCUAUCCUUCAGUGAGAUGCAUGUGAAGUUACUCGCUCAAUCCAAUGGCGUGUUGGAGUCGUCAGCUGCUUUGCAGAAAUGGCAGGAACAAAUUAAAGGAAAGGGGGUUCAAAUUAACAUUCUUUCCUCCAACUCAAUUUUUAUUACACUUACCAAACAGUUGUGCUAGCAUACAUUCCGACAGUUUUUUUUUUGGUGCAUGUUCAGCAAACCGCCAUUCCUUGCAGCCGAAGUUACAUCAGAAUUACGUAACAAUUGCAUAACAACACUGACAAUCUGAUAAUUUUAGGCUUGUCGGAAAGGUUAUAUUAACUUUGGCUUGCUGGCCGACCACGGCUAUUUCAAUUUCAAUUCGAUGGUGAACAGGGGUGGAUCUAGGAUUUUCUCGAGAGGGGGCGGAUUUUCAAAAAAAAUUGAAAGUUUUGUCGAUCUUUAUUUUAGGUCGACCAAAUUGAUUUUCCGAGAACUCUCAAGCAUUACAAAGACCCUGUUUUGGCAAAAAUUUCUGUGCCGCAGGCAAAAUUUUGAAAAAACAGGCCGAAAAAAGCGUGUUUAGGCACUUUUUCGAAAAUGUUGACCAAAAAAUCGCGUU